AAGUUGUCCCAAAAAAAAAAACAAACAAUAUACCCAAAAUCUAAGUUGGAAAGUAGUACUAAAAGGGAAGAAUCUGAUCCACAAGUUCCCAAGUCUCACCAUCCCUUCAUUUCUGACCUGAAAUGACGCUGCUGUUGCAUAGCGGAGGUAGUAGCAGCAGCAACAGCUACAUCAGCCAAACUGUCAGGUCCUUUGAUUCCAACAGGAGGAUACACCUAUACCAUCAUCAUCAUUAUUCCCACUCUCUCUCCUCAUCUUCAAUAUGGAAGCUCACCAAUGUGAAUGGCAAUGGAAGUGCAUGGAACUGCCAGGCUAUCAGCAGCAUAGGAAUGCUUGCAGCUGCAGUGGUGCUUUCGACACCUCCGCCAUCGGAAGAGACCAUGUCCAAUAUACCCCUCGAGCUUUCGGGCAAGUCUUGUGACCCUAUGGACAAGGAGUGUAUAGAGGAAAAUACAAAGAAGAGAAUCCAACGCCCAAAGUCUAGGAGUGCUGAGUCUUGUACUACCAAAUGCGUUGGCACUUGUAUUCGUGGUGGCGAUGGUUCCCCUGGUGAAGGUCCGCUUAAUGUUCGGAGGUGGGUAUUACCUAUCAUUGUCUUUAAGCAAGGAUUUCGAAGUCGCCAAUAUUGCUUGGUGGAAUGUUCAGAUAUAUGCAACUUGCUUGAUGAUGCCGAUAAACGCCGUUGAUUAUGGGGAGACAGUUGAUAUGAAGAAAUUGAGUUUACAAGAGCAUAUAGCACUUGACAAAAGCAAAAAAAACUUGGCUCAUGCAACCAACCACCUUCUACUGGGAUUACUACUGUUCAAAUUUUAUGGAGUUUAAACCAGAAAUGGUGUACAUAGUUUCCAAAGUAAAAUUGUUUUGUUUAUUGUACAAUUUUGAUAGUUCACACUAAUUACUGUUGUACUUGAAAAAUAAUUUUGUGCAUCGGAUAAUUGGAGAAACUAAAUUUAUUAGCA